GGGAUGAUGGUUUAUUUCAAUGAGUGUUCAAAAUAUUGACUGAUUUAGAAGGUACCUACAUGAGAUAAUGAAUUAAUUGUCAAAAUGCAUCUAUACCUACUUACCUCUACAUAUCCUUGGAUGCGAACUCAGUAUACUUAAACUGAUGGGAUAUCUUCUUCAAAUCAAUAGGUAAUUCAGAACGAGAAUUUCAUGAAGACCUCUAACAGCGGCGGGAAGAUAAUGUGUUUUUCGACCUGCUAUUUCUUAAUUUUGUGAGCAUCAAAUGACUGGAUGAGUGAGACUACCGCAAAAACCCAUGAAUGGUUGAGUUUUAAUGUUUCUUCGUCAUCUUAUGUUGGUGCUGAAGUAAAGUGCAACCUGAGUGCCAUUGAAUAAUCUGGAUUAAAGAAGAAAGGGUUAUUAUUCAUUCUUAAAAAUGGGUGAUCGAGUUUACGCUGCGGAAAAAAUCAUGAAAAAACGUGUCCGUCGAGGCAAAGUUGAAUAUUUCGUGAAAUGGAAAGGUUGGAGCCAAAAACAUAGUACAUGGGAACCUGAAGAAAAUAUCUUGGAUGCUCGUUUAAUUGAUAUUUUUGAACAAACGCAAAAAAAUGAACAGCAGUCUCAUAAAAGAGGAAAUAAACGAAAGCACCAUCAAAUGGUGUCGAAUGAACCGCCGGAACCUGUGAGAGGUGAUGCUGAUGAAAGUGCUGCGAAUGAUGAAACACUAGUUGGCGAAGAUAGUCACAAUGAGACUGAUUCGAUGCGAACCAAUUCUUCCAAAAAAGUUGAAACAACUGAAAAUUCAUCCUGUAGUGAGAAACAGUCAACUGAAGCUGAGAAAGAAGAAAACACUUCCCAGUCAACUAAUACGAAAAAUAAUAAAUUUAAGAAAGAAAACGUCGAGGUUUCCGAUGGCGGCGAUAGCAGCAGUAGCGAAGAUUCCAUUCCUCUUGCUCGACGAAAAGAAUCAUCUGGAACAAAACGAAAAGCUGAAGUAUUAUCAAAGUUAUUUCCGAAGGAAUCUGGUAAAAUUGGUGUGAAAAUCACAACAAGUCCUCCUAAUGGAUCAUCCAAAGUUCCAAAAUUGAGCUCACCUACAAAUCCUAAGACUCCUCUUACACCAUGUGAUUCUGCUAGUAAAUCAAGCUCGAAGAAGUCGCCUACAGUUAGUCCGUCUACCGCAAAUGCUGAUAAUUCACAGUUUAUUUUCACCAGCAAGAAUUCAUCAUCAGGGAUUGAAUCAAAAUCGUCACCCAGUGAUAGCAAACCGGUCGCUAAUGUUUCUCCUAAAGUAGUUUUAGAAGCAGAUACUCGAACAAAAGAAGAUAAAGGGAAUAAAACUCACACACAGGAGCCAAAAAAAUCAGAUACAGAAAAAAUAUCACCCAUUGCCAAAGGUGACACCGCGAGGACCAUCUCGCCUCCUUCAGAUUCCACCACCAGCGACAAAACGUCUUCCAAUACGGUCGCAGAUAAACACGAAAGUGCCACCAAUGAUAAACACGGUAUUGUUGAAAGUAAUAAAAAACCAUCUUCAAAAGAUGAUUCACAAACUACCACCACUGAUAAAGUGCCAAAAAAGAAAGUUGACUUAGUCAGCUCAACAGCAACUAAUGAUGAAAAUAAUGUCAAUGGUGUGAAACCUGCCAAUAACAAACACAACAAUAAUAACGCUUUCACCGCCGAUUUAAAUAAACAACCUCCAAUGGUUAUUAAAACUGUGUUAACAAAUCCAGGCCACGAGUACUGGAGGAUGAAAAAUCCUGUCGCUGAUAGAAUUUUUAUUACCGAUGUUACCGUUGAUUUGAAUACAGUCACUAUCCGAGAAUGUGCUACCGAAAAAGGAUUUUUCAAGGAAAGACAAGCUCGGUGAAUCGGAUGUUUGACAAUGUUCAGAAUGUUAUAUACCUGUAGGUCUUCCAUUCAUUUCAGACUCGUUGUUUUAUCGCUAAUUUGUUAGCAUUGUUUAUGAUGACGAUGUGUUCAGCAUUCAAUCAGGUAAUCGCUGAUUUAAGCGAAUUAUUCAAGUCUUAUCUUUCUGUUUCCUUUUAAUUUAAAUUUUGUUUCGAUUGUUGAAUCAAUAAGUUUCAUCUUCUAUUUUAUGAGCUACAUUGAAAGUAAAAAGCUCACUUGAUGAUCAGAAGAAAAACAAAACAAAACUUUGUUGAAAUUCAUUUUGUAGAAAAAUUGUGGUUCUCAGCUCAUAAUGGUGUUUGUAUAUGUUAGGUAGACGUACCUAUCUUCAACGAUAUAAUACAAAUAUUUAUAUGAAGAACCAACAUUUACGAUACCUAAGUAGUAAAGUACAUUAUCAAAAAUUGAAAAAAUUGUGUAAAUGUACCAAAAAUAUGAAUAAAAAUUCAGAAAUUGAGUGAUUAACUUUUUUACGUUGUUCAAACAAUUCCAUGUAAUAUUCCGUUGAAAGCACAAUUUUUGAUUUUCGAAAUGUAUACUCUUAUUCUAUGAUUUCUAUGUAUUCCAACUAUUGCUUAAAUUAAUUUCAUAUUGAUUGAUUGAUUGUGAUUUUUUUUUUAAUACUAAAAAACCAGUAGUAGGCUACAUCUGAUUAGCUCGCAUGUUCUAUUAAGGUUACUUAUAAAGUGAAAACUUGAGUGACUCAAAUCUCAAUGGUUCAAAAGUAUGAAUUGACGUCACAGUCUCCGUGGUUCAUUAGAAAAAAAAUCUGUUUGGAUAAAAAUUUAAAAAAUCUUGUCCUACUGAAAUUAUUUACAACUUGAUGUUUGAUUUAUUGUGAAUUUCAAUUACAAUUCAUUCAUCAUAUUUUUUUUUUUUAAAUGAAUGAAUGAAUGAAUGAAUGAAUUGAUUAAUUAACAAUAAUUGCGAUUAGACUUGUAUUAAUGAAUGUUUUUUUGUUUUUUUUUUGUACAUUUCGGAAGAUGAAACAUUUGAUGUUUAUUUUUAAUUUUUUUUAUUUAUUAAUAAUCAUGUACAUUACUGUAAAGAAACUUGACGAAUUUUUUAAUUUAAAAUACAGGGUGUUCCAGAAAUCGUCCGCCAGAAUUCAAAUGCGGAUAGUAUUCGAAAAGACGAAUAACAACGUUGUCAUGAUUGGUUGCCUAUUUUAUGAGCUGAAGAAGUUAUAUGUAUGUUCUGGAAAUUACCUGCUAGGUAAUCAUCAAAAAUAAGUAAAUAUUUGGGUCAUUCAAAAAUGAUGCCCGUAACCCAUAGUACCUAACCUACUCGAAUGAACAAACAGAUAAUUUUAUGAUGACUAAUUAGUAAUUACCUAUUUCCAAAAUUACAAGGACAACUUGAAAAUUGUUCCUUCAGUUAUUUAAAUAAUCAAAACAUUUGGGUGCUUAAGAGUUUUAAUGAAUUUUUCGAAAGUUAGUGAAUUUCCGGUUUUACGGAGCACAUGACUCCUUCAGUUCACAAGAUAGACAACCAGCCAUGGAAACGUUUUCUGUUGGUCUUUUCGAGGACUAUCUGCAGUUGAAUUUUUGGCGGAAGAUCCCUGUAUAAUAGGGUACAACGUAGUGUGAUAGAAUACGAAUACACUGAUAAUUUGAAACACAUUUUAAAUGUUGAUUUGAUGUUAUAGAAUCACCACAAUGAUUUAUUAUUAAUAAAUAUGCAUUUAAUUAAUAA